AUAUUGGCAGCGUUAGCUGCAAUAGGGGAGAAAGAGUGGUACUUUUAUGUACCCCGAGAUAGGAAGUAUCGGAACGGAGAUCGGCCGAACCGAGUCACAACUUCCGGUUAUUGGAAAGCCACCGGAGCAGAUAGAAUGAUCAGAAGUGAGAACCACCACCGGAAUAUUGGCCUGAAGAAAACCCUAGUUUUCUACUCCGGCAAGGCUCCUAAAGGUAUUCGUACCAGUUGGAUCAUGAACGAGUACCGCUUGCCCCACCACGAAACCGAACGCCUCCAAAAGGCGGAAAUAUCUCUAUGCCGAGUGUACAAGAGAGCGGGAGUAGAAGACCACCCAUCACUGCCACGCUGUACAAUCCCGACAAAGGCCACGUCAUCAUCUUCCUCAAGAGGAUCACAGUCAACGAGGAAGCAGCAGAACAACGACAGUAGCAGCAACAACAAUGGAAAACUAAACGAAAUAACAAGCCCAGUCAGCAUCACCACUACUGCAGAUAUUGCCACGUCACUCGCCCUCUCGCACCAAAUUACUAAUAAUAAUAAUAAUAAUAUUAAUAAUCCAUUAUUAUUAAUAUCUCCGGACAUCGUAUUCUCCGGUUCCUCUUCCUCCGGCGGGGCGAACAAUAUUAAUAUUGACGAGCUGCACAAGCUCGUCAAUAUUAAUAAUAUUACUAACCGUCAGUAUAAUAAUAGUAAUAGUAAUAGUAAUAAUAUUGGUGUGCUGCCGAAUCUUCUGUCGCAGUUUCAGGAGGGGGGCCCGCCGCCCCCCCUCAAUCUGGCCGGAGCGGCUAGUUUCUCCGACAGGUUGUGGGAUUGGAGUGCGAUUAACAAUGAGGCGAGCAAAGACUACACAAAUCUUUUCAAGUAACUUUAGUUAUUUAUUGGUUUAUGAUUUUAAUGUACUGUUGUUAUAUUGAAUUAUUGACGUAAUUAAUUACUAUAUAUAUACUAUAUAUUAUAUUGAGAUAUA